AUGGAUGAGGCGAAGCAGCCGUCGGAUUUAUGCAGCGGUGGGGGUAAUGAUGGAGGAAAUGGUAGACAAGGCGGGGGCAGCUUCAACUUUGACUUUUCCUACGAGAGCAUCCUGAACAACGACAUUGUGAGGCCCCAGGAGAUUGACUGCGGGAUGUCCUGCGCCAGCUCCUUCUGUGAGGGCAAUGAACGGGUCGCCCCUGGGGGUGAUUACCUCAUGGACUCUUCAGGUGACCCAGCGGGUCAACCAAAGUGUGCAAAUUAUGCUCCCCCCAUGAGCGCGCGUAACACCAGUGCCUUUGAUUUUUCAUUCCAGAGGGACGCUGAUGAGGGAGGGGCACUCCACAGCGACGGUGCACUCUGGGGGGGAGGACAGAAACGGGGCGCAGAUGACGAUGCAGUGUCGACAUGCGUGGGGGAGGUCCAUGCAGAGCAGCGGGAUGACCCCGAGUGCGUGGAGCACCCCACAGUGAACGAGGAGCACUUGAUCGGGUACGAAGGCUUCCUAAUGAAUGAAGCGUCUAAAGGGCAGGGACAGCACCACGCUGCUGCCCUACGGGGGGAAACGCUAGAGGAAGAAGACGGUAACACAAAUGACGCACAGCCGUGUCAUACGUUUACGCAAAAGAAAGAAGAAAGUACAUCUAAUCAGUUACCAGUUGGUGAAGAACGCACCCCCCCUAGGGUUUCAUCCAUCACAAACUCAAGAGGAACAUACAUAAUAAGAUCUCCCACCAUAACCAGCACAGACAAACAAGGAGUGUCAUGCAAAUCGAGUCCCUCAAUCAGCUCCACCCGAGCUAGCGAUGUUAGUGAAGCAAAUGAAAUAUAUCGCUCGUUACAAACAGAAAUUGCAGCAUACAGGAUGGAAAUAUUUCGCUUAAGGUCAGAGGUACAAGUUAAGAACAGUUACUUAAACAAUGAAAGAAAGAAAAAUGAAGAGUAUAAUAAAAUGCUACAAAAAUUUUUAUUAGAACCAAGUAGCUGUUCACAGGGAGCAGGAGGAGGAGGAGGAGGAGGAGGAGAAGAAGAAGACAAGGGGAUAGGAUCACUAAACCUACUUGAGGUAGAAAAUAAAAAGCUGAGACAAGAAUUAGCUCUAAGGAGUAGUGAAAUGAUUGAAUUAAACAACGCAGUAAACAAUUUAAAAGGGCAAAAGGUCAUUUUUAUGAACUCAUUACAAAACGAGUUGGAGAUGUGCAUGAGCAAAGAAGCAGAGUCAUCACUCAUGUUACAUGCACAGACGAAGCGAUUAGCCAACGCGAAUAAUUAUAUAAAUAAACAAAAUAAACAGAUAUCACAACUGAAAGAAGAUUUAAAUAAAAUGGAAGAGACUUACAUUUUACAUGUACACAAAAUGGAAAAUCAGAUCAAGCAAUUGCUCGAAGAAAGAAAUGAAUUCAUUUCUACUGUUAAACGGUUAGAAGUAAUUAAUGCAGACAAUAAAAAAAACGAGGAGGAGUUAUGCAAGUGUAAGAAAAAGUGUAAAGAGUUAACCGAAGAACUAAAUGACCUUUUAAGAAUUGUCACAGUGACCCGAGAAAAGAAAAGCAGUGCUAGCUUUACUGGCUUCUACCAAGAUGGUCAAAAUACCAUUUCAUCUUUUGCAUCUCUUAAGGAGGAAUUUCUUACUGGAAAUAACCUCAAGGAGGAAAAUUCAAUUUUGGUUCAAAAAAUUAAACACUUGAUGGAGGAGAAUGAUUCUCUUAAAGAGGAAGCAGCACAACGGGUACAAGAACUGAACAGCCAAUUACAAACUCACAAGGAAAGUAUUAAAAUGAAAAAUGAAAAUCAUGCAGUACUGCUAGAGAGGUACAAUCAUUUAGAACAAGAUUUUGAAAAUGUACAUCUGUUGUGCAUGCAGUUGGAAGAAAGGUUCCGCGUUGAACAGAGCAAUAAUGUGCAUGGAAAUGGUAAUGUGAGUAGUAUAAAGGGGAGUGCCAACUGUGAGCAGCUUCUUAACAAAAGCAAUUUCUCCCUGAGCGAAUUAGAAAUGAAUCACAGUCAGGGGAGCGACAUCCAUAUACAACACUACAAGAUUUUCUGUUCCGAGUUGCAACUAGAAAAUGAAUCCUUGAAGAAGACAGUGGAGCGAUUGAAGAGCAAGAACAGGAAACUCACAACGAGCAUGGAGCUCCUCUUGCGCGAUCUGGUCACGGCCGGGGGGAAACCGUCUGACGCAACGCAGGCAGCUGCGCAGGCCAUACAAACGGAGAAGCGCCCCAAGCACCUCAUGGAAGGAGCAGCUGCACAGGCGACCCAAACGGAGAAGCACCUCAUGGAAGGAGCAGCUGCACAGGCGACCCAAACGGAGAAGCACCUCAUGGAAGGAGCAGCUGCACAGGCUAUACCAACACAGGGAAAGGGAAAAUUAUGUGAUGAAGACAUCCCCCAGCGCCAUGUCAUUAGCGAAGGGGUGAACACAGAGGAGAAAAUCUCAACAAGCAAACAGGUGUACACGCAUGAGAACAGGUCAUUCGCCAACUCAGGCACAAACACGAAUGUGAUUGACGUGGCACAUGUGGGAGUCAACCCGAACGUGAUACACGUAACGGACGUAGGGGUGAACCCGAACGUGAUAAACGUAACGGAUGUAGGGGUGAACCCGAACGUGAUUCACGUAACGGACGUAGGGGUCAACCCGGAAGAAGAAACGAAGACUACCACCCACACAGAAGCACAAACGGAGGAAGUGAACUUGCUUGUAAAAUGCACCCAGACGGACGAGAGUAGCAGUGUCAACAGAGAAGUCCUUACAGACUUGCACGGUAUUAACAAGUGUAGCAUGAAGAGGAUCAUGCUCGCUUGCAAUUCUUCAAAAAAUAAAAAGGUUCAAGUGACCACAACUACCAUGAAUGCCUCCUCGCAGACGGUUGAAAUUUCGAAGCAUGGACGUUACUACCACUGUGAUGUGCGUGGUGCGCAUGGUGCAUAUGAUUCAAAAAGAGAUAGAAGCACCACGAGAAGGAUAAAGAGAAGGCAACAUGACAUGGGGUGCCAUGACUCCCCUCUGUCCUCAGACCAAGCAUCAACAGGAGAAGACGUUUCAUACGAAUCCUACUCCACCUCGUCCAGCACCAUGUAUGAACGUUUUACAAGCACAAAUAGGAGAAAAAAAAAAAAACAAACAAAUUACGUACCCACAUGUAGGAGUAAACAUAAGAAUGGAGAGUACCUUAACCAUGCAAGAUGUAAAGACGAUAAUGUGUAUCUUCAUGGGGGAGGCCAUGAAUGUAGUAGGAAGGACCCGCUACACAUAAGUAGUGAUAGAAGGAGAAUGAAGACAAGCUACAAUAAGAACAUCGACCCACGUAACAAUUACUCCUUGUUGACGGGGAGAAAAAAUUACCUAAGAGGAGAUACAGGAACAAGGUUGAAGAAAAAAAAAGAAAUGGAAGAAGUAGAAUCCCUCAUUGAAAUUUUAAAAUAUUCUUCAGAAAAUUAUGAAUCAUCUGACAUGGAUGAUGGUCGUCACGACGAUUUGAAUUUGGGUAAAACUUCGAAUAGCUUUUAUGAAGGCUCUUCUUCAGACUAUACUAGGGUUUGUUCAAAACGGCUAGCGAAUCUGAAAAAAAAAAGACACUCUCACAGAACCCAUAAACAAGUGAGAGAUAUGUCUGAGGAGGAUUCUAUACAACAUGCCUACCCUUUCCAUGAAAGAACAAUUAUACAAAAGGGGGGAAAGAAAAACCUUAUGAACAAUGUUAAAUGUAGAGCAUGUUAUCCUCAUCGAGUCAUGGUGAAGGAAAACAAAUACGUACAAACGGGUGAGUACUUCCUUGACCAUGAAUUUAAUUACGACCCUAGCCUCACCCCCAUGGGUUCACCCAACCAUUAUAACACAAAGGGAAAUAUUAAAACGUUAAAGAGAAAGAUGAAGGAGUAUCUGAAUGAUUAUUAUCACACGGUUAUUAUUUGUGAGCACUGCAGGGGUGUUCAUGUGGACGUGUUCAUUAUACAAAUCAUUCGUGAGUACGUGUCGCGAAUUAACCUUUGUCGUUGCCACGUAAGCCAAGCGCGUAGCGACGCGUGUACCGACCAGAUGAACGAAUGGCAUAGCAGCAGGAAUGGUUCUCAUCGUGCUUCCAAACAAAACGCCGGUCAAAUCUCGAAGCAGACAAAAGCUGGCGCCUCUAAUGCGCAAGCGGAAGAAGAAGACUCGCCCAUGGUGACACUCGAGUCGUUCCUAAUCAAACGCAUCCCCCUACAACUUCCCAUCUGCACAUGCACGCUGGUCAAUUUGAAGUACAAGAAGGUUCUGGUGAGGAAGGAGGAGUCACAAGUGGGUUCUAGAGCCACGAGGGGGGGUAACCAGGUGUCCACUGCACUUCUCACAGCAGCCAAGCGGAAGAAGAAAAAACAAGCGAAAAAAAAAAACCCUGAAAAGGAAUUACUGAACAGAGCACUAAUAAUAAUUAACCAUAUGAGAGUAGAAUUGAAUAAAAUAAAAUUCCUCAUUUGUAAUUAUUUACUUUUAAAUGAAAGAAAUGAAUUACAAAGAAUCUUUUUAACCUCCCCAAGACUAACUGAUGUGUAUCCCUUGGUCGUUAGGAAAUAUGCACAAGGGGCAAGUGAGUGCUGCACUGUGGUGGCCUCCUCUGAAGGGCUACUUCCUAGCGAGACCACGUUAUCCCAUUGUGCAUAUAACAAUAGAAGUAGCAACGUGACUGAUAUGAACCCAUGUAUCGAUUCCAUGUUGGUCGCUUCUACAAAUGAUGGGAUGAUCACAUCUUUUGCAGGUGCGUCCAGUCCACUCUACAAGGAAGUCGCCACGCACAUGCCAUACCAAGUCGCUAACCACUCAGGACAUGGUCCCCACUGUGAACAUUUCGUACGUCAUGGGGGAAAGGAGAACAUCACCCUGUUCGUCAUUUUGUCCAUUCUCCGCUUGCACGCGUCACACGAGUUGAACAUGUCGCACGCCUCGUCUAAUGUAACGACAGCAGGGAGACCCUCCAACCGCACUGACGAUACAACGGCGUCAUCCAAUAAGGUGGGUAGCAGUUUUCCCUCAAGUGGUUUUAUCGCCCCCAGCGGGAUAAACUCUUUUUUCGAGGCUUACCUUAUAGAGUUGCGAGACGGCAUGGCCAAUUCAGAAGAAGGAACAUCACUCCUCAAACGAAUUAUGAAUGAUAUUGUGAACAAGGUCGAGGAGAAUUGGAAAUCAAUUGCCUCCGUGUAUCUACAUCUGAAGGAACCCCUAAGUGGGGCUCCAAUGCAAAUGGCACAUGUACUCAACCUAAUUCAGAAUUACAAAAAAGUGGCGCUGUAUAUGAACAUGUUACCAAAGCGGAGGGAAGAGGAAGCAGAAGAGAAAGAAGAAGUGCACCGAGACAAACAAUUACAACAAGAGGCAAAAAGAGUGUAG